UGUGGCGGUAGAAAUGGCUCGUUGAAACACGUCCAAAAGCGUACGAUCUGUCAAUAAUUUUCAUCAGGAAUCAUGGCUGACAAGACAGCCCCGACGUCUCAACUGAGACUACAGUGGGUAUAUGGCUACAGAGGCCACCAGUGUCGCAAUAACCUCUUUUACACUGGAAACAAGGACAUUGUUUACUUCGUUGCCGGUGUUGGGAUCGUGUACAACGUAAGAGAACACAGACAGAGGUUUUUCCUGGGACACGAUGAUGAUAUUGUCAGCUUGGCACUCCACCCUGAUCGCACUCUGGUUGCAACGGGUCAGAUAGGCAAGAGUCCCUACAUCUGUGUCUGGGACACAGCUUCAACUGAUACAGUAUCAAUACUCAAGGAAGGACAUCAACAUGGGGUGUCUGCAAUGGGGUUUGACAAGGACGGAAGUAGGCUGGUGUCAGUGGGGAUGGACCAACAUGCCACCAUCAAUGUCUGGGAUUGGAGGAAAGGGAAAAUCAUAUCUACUGUCAGAGGUCACUCAGACAAAGUGUUUGAUGUCCAGUUUCACCCAUUCCAAGACAACACCAUUGUGUCAUGCGGUGUGAAGCACAUCAAGUUUUGGUCCUUGUGUGGCAAUGCUCUCACUGCCAAGAAGGGCGUGUUUGGUAAAGUAGGGGAGAUACAAACCAUGAUGUGCCUUGCCUUUGGACCUGACAAUCAGACCUAUGCUGGAACAUUGAGUGGAGACAUAUAUGUCUUCAAAGGCAAUACUCUGGAUCGAGUCAUCGCUGGUGUACAUAAUGGCCCUGUUUACUCCCUGGACAUGUCAGAAGAGGGAUAUUCAUCAGGAGGAAAAGAUGGAGUGGCCAAAUUCUGGGACCCGGACUUCAAACCAAUCACUUCUGUCAACCUUGUGAAUGCUCCUGAAGGCUAUAAAGGUAUCUGCAUCAGGAGCAUCUGUUGGCGUGGAGACAGAGCGCUGGUGGGGACUCAGGACAGUGAAGUAUUUGAGAUGCAGGUUAAAGACAGAGACAAGCCUCAGUGCCUUGUGCAGGGACAUGCAGAGGGGGAGUUAUGGGCCUUGGCUGUCCACCCCAGGAAACCCAUCUUUGCCACAGGGAGUGAUGACCAGACUCUACGUUUGUGGAACAUGAACAACUUUGAGCUGUUGUCUAAAUCAACAUUAGACCAGAAAAUCCGCUCCUGUAGUUUUGACAAUGAGGGUCAGCACAUUGCAGCAGGAUUUACAGAUGGUUCUUUCAUGGUGCUGAGAUCAAGAGACCUGAGUGAAAUUGCCCACAUCAAAGACAGAAAGGAAAUGAUCCAUGAGAUGAAGUACUCACCAUGUGGCAAGUUCCUGGCAGUGGGCUCCAAUGACAACUUUGUAGACAUCUAUUCCGUGGAGCAGCGUUACAAGCGUGUCGGCACCUGCUCUGGGAACUCCAGCUUCAUCACCCACUUGGACUGGUCCGAGGACAGCAAGUACCUGCAGACAAACAGUGGUGCAGCUGAGAGGCUUUUCUUCAAGAUGCCAGUGGGUAAACAGGCAACUAACAAAGAGGAGGUGGACAGCAUCCACUGGGGCACGUUCACUGGUGUCCUCGGCUCCGAAGUCAAUGGCAUCUGGGAGAAAUACACUGACACAAAUGAUGUCAAUGCUCUAGACUCAAAUUUUGGUGGAGAGGUUGCUGUCACUGGGGACGACUUCGGGCUUGUAAAGCUGUUCAGAUUCCCAUGUUUGAAGAAAGGUGCCAAGUUCAGGAGGUAUGUUGGACACUCUUCACAUGUGACUAAUGUCCGCUUCUCUGCGGAUCGUCAUCAUGUGAUAUCAACAGGGGGUGCUGACCAUGCUGUGUUCCAGUGGCGGUAUCUACCAGAGGGUGCUACUGAUGAUGACUUGCCGGAACAGGUCAAUGCCUACAUUGACUCUAACAGUGAGGCAAGUGACUCAGAUCUCUCUGAUAUUGGUGAGAUUGAUUCGGACCUGGAACGUGAGAAACAAGUCCGAUAUGACCGAAACCUUUACAAAGAGGACACCAAGAACUUCAAGAAGUUGAUGAGAUCAGACAUGAAACCUGGUGAGAAGAGGAGCAGUGGACCCACAGACAGCCUCAAGCUGGAGUAUGUUCAUGGGUAUCGAGGCUAUGAUUGCCGCAACAACCUGUUCUACACACAGAAUGGUGAGAUUGUGUACCAUGUGGCCUCUGUUGGUAUUGUGUACAACAAGGAGAAGCACUCCCAGAGGUUCUACACUCAGCACACGGAUGACAUCCUCUGUCUCUGCAUACACCCCAUUAAGGACCUGGUAGCGACAGGACAGGUUGGUCGAGAACCAUCAAUCCAUGUGUGGGAUGCUGAGACAUUAAAGACAGGGUCCAUCCUGAAGGGACACCACCAGAGGGGAGUCUGUGCUGUCGACUUCUCAGGUGAUGGCAAGAAGCUUGUGUCAGUGGGUCUCGAUGACAACCACUGUGUUGUGGUCUGGGACUGGAAGAAGGGAGAGAAACUUGCAACCACACGGGGUCACAAGGACAAGAUCUUUGUGGUCAAGUGGAAUCCCUUUGAGAACAGCAAACUUGUCACUGUUGGAGUGAAGCAUAUCAAGUUCUGGUCUCAAACAGGUGGUGGGUUCACCUCCAACCGAGGCACUGUGGGGAAAGUAGCCAAGCUGUGUGACAUGCUGUGUGUGGCAUACGGCAAGACAGCAGAUGUGUGUUUCUCUGGUGGCAGCGAUGGCAAUGUUUUCAUAUGGAAUGGCAUCACACUCCAGAAGACAGUCAAGGCUCAUGAGGGUCCAGUGUUUGCCAUGCAUUCGCUGGAUAAGGGAUUUGUUACUGGUGGCAAAGAUGGUGUGAUUGGCUUGUGGGAUGAUCAGUUUGAGCGAUGCCUGAAGACGUAUGCCAUCAAAAGAGCAUCUGUAGCUCCAGGGUCACGUGGGAUGUUCAUCACAGAGUCCCCAGCUGUAAGAGCUAUUGUCCUCGGACACGGAAAGAUCCUGGUGGGGACAAAGAAUGGAGAAAUCCUAGAAGUGGACAAGUCUGGACCCUUGACCAUUCUUACUCAAGGGCACAUGGAGGGUGAGGUUUGGGGCCUUGCCGUGCACCCAUCCCAGGAAGUCUAUGCUACAGUCAGUGAUGACAAGACCUUGAGGCUGUGGGAGCUUGGUCCAGAAAACAAGAUGAUCAACUACAAGGAGUUCAAGCAGCCAGCUAGAUCUGUCACAUUCUCACCUGAUGGCAAGGCUCUAGCCAUUGGACACAGAGAUGGGAGUUUCGUAGUUGUGAAUGCAGAAAGUAUGGAUGACAUCAUCUCACAUCAUCACAGGAAGGAGGAAAUAUCGGACAUCAGAUUCUCUCCAGGUGCAGGAAAGUACCUUGCGGUUGCCUCCCACGACAACUUUGUGGACAUCUACAAUGUGUUGAGCACUAAGCGAGUGGGCACCUGCAAGGGGGCAUCAAGCUACAUCACCCAUAUUGAUUGGGAUAACAGCGGAAAGGUACUGAUGGUGAACUCAGGUGCUAAGGAGCAGCUGUUUUUUGAGGCUCCAAGGGGAAAGAGGAUAACUUUGAAGAACCAGGAAAUAGAAAAGUUUGCAUGGGACAGCUGGACAUGUGUUUUGGGAGCCACAUGUGAGGGGGUAUGGCCUCCCAAGUGUGAUGUGACAGAUGUGAAUGCCUCAAGUCUCACAAAGUCUGGCAACCUACUUGCUACAGCAGAUGACUUUGGCUUUGUUAAGCUCUUCAACUACCCUGCAAAGGGCAAGUAUGCUAAGUUCAAGAAGUAUCCCGCCCACAGUGCUCAUGUUACCAGCGUACGGUGGUCACAGAGUGACACCAAGCUAAUCUCUACAGGCGGUGCUGACACCGCAGUGAUGGUGUGGAAACGUGUUGGUUUGUCUGAGAACAGGAUGAAUGCAACAGGAGACAGUGAUGACUCUGACACUGAUGAAGAAGAAGAAGGUUAUGACAGUGAUGUAGAGAGAGAAAAGAAGAUGGACUAUGGCUCAAAAAUCUAUGUGAACCCCAUCAGAGAGAAGGAUGGAGUAAGACCUCACCUACAGAGCACAAAGGAACUGGACAGGCCUGCAGUGAGCCGAGGUGCCCCCCAGCCCCCUAAAGUGCAGAGAGCUGAACCCCCACCAACAGCUGGGGGUAAGAGGAGGAAGAUGACCCAGGUUACAGAUCUGCAGCUGGAAUACAUCCAUGGCUACAGGGGCUUUGAUGCCCGCAGCAACCUCUGCUACAUAAACGAUGGUGCUGACAUUGUAUUCCAUGCAGCUGGUGCAGGCAUUGUGCAGAAUCUGUCAUCAGGAAGCCAGUCAUUCUACGUGAAGCACACUGAUGAUAUCAUCUGUCUGACUGUCAAUCAACAUCCGAAGUUAAAGAAUGUGGUUGCCAGCGGCCAGAUUGGGAAUCCUCCGUCAGUACAUGUGUGGGAUGCUGUAACCAAGGAGACUAUGUCAAUCGUCCAGGGUGUUCACUCAAAGGGAGUCUGUUCUGUGGACUUCUCUUGUACAGGAAAAUACUUGCUGACUGUGGGACUGGAAGACGAGCAUAAUGUGGCAGUAUGGAGGUGGCAAGAUGGUUCAAAAGUAGCAGUUGCACCAGGAAAUUCUCAGAGAAUCUUCCAGGCUGAGUUCCGUCCAGACAGUGACACCCAGUUUGUGUCUGUGGGUGUGAAGCAUGUGAAGUUUUGGACAGUAGCCGGCAGUCAAUUGGUGGGCAAGCGGGGAAUCCUCACUGAUGCAGGAUCUGGUGCAGAUGUCAAGAAGAUGCAGACUAUGUUGUCUGUGGCCUUCGGAGCUAACAACCUGACAUACACAGGUGCCAUGAGUGGGGAUGUGUAUGUGUGGAAAGACACCACACUGACCCGACUGGUACAGAAGGCUCACAAUGGCCCUGUGUUCAGUAUGUAUACAACACUCCGAGAUGGACUUAUUGUCACUGGAGGCAAGGAAAUUCCGUCCAAGGAAAAUGGGCCUGUGAAGCUGUGGGAUCAGGAUAUGAAGCGUUGCCGAGCUUUCUCUGUUGGCCAGGGACGUCUUAAGCCUGAAGUUGUCAAGUCUGUCUGCAGAUACAAGGGCAAGAUUCUGAUUGGUACAAAAGACAAUGAUGUCAUUGAGAUAGGAGAGAAAAAUGGAACAGUCCAGACUAUAGUUGGUGGUCAUGCUGAAGGUGAAGUGUGGGGGCUAGACAGGCACCCUACCCUCCCUCAGUACAUCACUGCUAGUUAUGAUGGAACAGUCCGACUUUGGGAUGUGUCAGCCAAGGCACUGCUGGCAAAGCUGGAGGUUGGUCCUGCCAGAUCUGUUUCCUUCAGCCGAGAUGGGGAAUUAAUUGCUGUUGGGCUGAAGAAUGGAGAGUUCCUCAUUCUCACCAAAGACCUGAAACUAUGGGCAAAGAAACGAGACAGAUCUGGUUCCAUCAAUGACAUUCGGUUCAGCCCUGACAACAAAUACCUGGCAGUCGGGUCUGAGGACAGCUGUGUGGACUUCUAUGACAUCAGCCAGGGCCCAAAUCUGGUGCGCAAAGGCUACUGCAAUGGCAUCCCGAGUUUUGUCAUACAGAUGGACUUCUCCGCCGACAGCAAGUAUAUCAGGGUAUCAACAGGAGCAUAUGUAAACCAGAUUUUUGCCAUCCCUGGAGGAACCCUUGUGGAGGAUCCUAAACUCAUCAGUAAGAUCACCUGGAUAUCGUGGACCAGCACUCUGGGUUCGGAGGUGUUGGGCAUUUGGCCUAAGGAUUCCAGUAAUGCUGAUGUCAACUGUGCACAUCUCUCUCAUCUUGGAAAUGCCUUAGCAAGUGGGGACGAUUUUGGUUUUGUCAAACUCUUUGAGUUCCCAUGUCCUGACAAAAUGAGUUUGGCACCUCACAAGAGAUUCGGAGGUCACUCAGCACACGUGACUAAUGUCCGCUUUACCAGUGAUGACAAGCACCUGGUCAGUACCGGAGGAGAUGACUGUUGUGUGUUUGUUUGGAAGUGCCUGUAAUUCUUCUGUCCGUCCAACUACAUGUGACACUGCCAGAAACUGAAGGUGCCAUAGUAGACACAUAUCACAGGACUGCGUCCACAUCACGACAUUGUCCAGCAUUCUCUGUACAUAGCAAAUCUCUUUGACUCAGGCAGCAUAUGUGUAUACACAUGACAUACUAUACAUAUUAACAAUUAAUAUAGAAAAUAUAAGAAUAGUAAACUUGAGUAUUUAUUCAUCUUUGACAUGCAUGCUCUUGUACCUGCAUUUCCUGACCUCCUUGUUGUGAGUUUAUUGCCAUUUUAGGUUCAUUUCCAAUAUAAUAUUGUUAUAGCACAAUGAUCAUU